AUGGCACUGCCAACAAAGUCUAGCAUCUUCGACCUGGGCCAACGUAUACGGAGCCUUAGCUCCUAGGAGGGAAGCCACUGGGCUCAGGCACGCUACAGGGGUGUUGGCAAAAAGCUGCCUGAAUACAAGGCAGUGAUGGUGGGUGAGAGUGCACUGGCGAUCCCGCUAACCCAUCAAUGCUUUCUGGAACCCGCCAUCCAGGAUUCCUACUGGAAGGAGGUGGCCCUGGGCCAUGAGGGAUGUUUUAUGAAUGCGCCGGACCCAGCAGGGCGGGCCACUCACAGGACCCUGCAUGACCGCUGUAUGGCUAUUGGUGCUGGUGUGCUGGUGGCCUUUGCUCUCGUUGAUCCCUCAAGAGCUACAUCUUUGGCCCAGCUGCAACAGGUGUGUGGCUGGGAUCCUCACCACACCCAGCCCCUCGUUCUUGUGGGCAACAAACGUGACCUUGUGACCACUGCUGGAGAUGCUCACGCAGCGGCUGCAGCCCUUGCCAAGAGCUGGGGGACCCCCUUGGUGGAGACCUCAGCCAAGACACAGCAAGGUGUGGAGGAGGUCUUUUCCCUGCUCUGGGGCCUUAAGGUCUUGGUCAAGAAAAGCGGACCCUCCCCCAGCUCAGGGUAA